AUUCACACCAACACCAUAAUAAAGAACAAUAUUGACGUUAUUUGUAAGAGCUUAGAGAACAUUGCGGUGUUAAUAAUCAGACUGACUGUGAGAUGUGCGUCUCUGUUUCAGUCUCCAGCGAACGUAGAGAAAGCUCUGCGUCUCUUCAGUCAGUUACUGAACAACAAGAUGUUCCUGUUGACCUUCAUUCACACUCUGGAGGCUCAGAGGUCGUUCUCCAUGAGAGACCGUGGGAACGUCGCCUCGCUGCUGAUGGCCGCUCUGCAGGGUCGGAUGGAAUAUGCUACAGUGGUGUUGAAACAGCUGCUGGCCGACCUCAUCGAGAAGAAUCUGGAGAACAGAAACCAUCCUAAACUACUUCUGAGGAGGACGGAGUCUGUGGCCGAGAAGAUGCUGACCAACUGGUUCACCUUCCUGCUGCAUCGCUUCCUCAAGGAGUGUGCAGGUGAGCCUCUCUUCAUGUUGUAUUGUGCCAUAAAGCAGCAGAUGGAAAAAGGGCCGAUAGACGCGAUCACAGGAGAAGCUCGUUACUCUCUGAGUGAAGACAAACUGAUCAGACAACAGAUCGACUACAAGCAGCUGACUCUGAUGUGCAUCCCUCCGGAGGGUGAGACAGGUACAGAGGUCCCGGUGAAGGUGUUGAACUGUGACACGGUGACUCAGGUCAAAGACAAGCUGCUGGACGCUGUUUAUAAGGGGAUCCCGUUCUCUCAGAGACCUCAGGCCGACGACAUGGACCUCGAGUGGCGUCAAGGUCGACUGACCAGGAUCAUCCUGCAGGACGAAGACGUGACCACCAAGAUAGAGAGCGACUGGAAGAGACUGAACACACUGGCUCACUACCAGGUAACGGACGGCUCUCUGGUGGCGCUGGUCCAGAAGCAGGUUUCUGCCUACAAUAUCGCCAACUCCUUCACCUUCACCAGAUCUCUGAGCAGAUACGAGUCGUUACUUCGUACCUCCAGCAGUCCAGACAGUCUGAGAUCCAGAGCUCCCAUGAUCACCCCGGACCAGGAGACAGGGACUAAACUGUGGCACCUGGUGAAGAAUCACGAGCACAGUGACCAGAGAGAAGGAGACCGAGGCAGCAAGAUGGUUUCUGAGAUCUACCUGACCAGACUGCUGGCUACCAAGGGGACGCUGCAGAAGUUUGUGGACGACCUGUUUGAGACGGUGUUCAGCACCGCCCACCGGGGCUCUGCUCUGCCAUUGGCUAUCAAAUACAUGUUCGACUUCCUGGAUGAGCAGGCCGACAAACGACAGAUCACCGACCCGGACGUCCGACACACCUGGAAGAGCAACUGCCUUCCUCUCAGGUUCUGGGUGAACGUCAUUAAGAACCCUCAGUUCGUGUUUGACAUCCACAAGAGCAGCAUCACCGACGCCUGUCUGUCGGUCGUCGCUCAGACCUUCAUGGACUGCUGCUCGACGUCCGAACACCGGCUCGGCAAAGACUCUCCGUCCAACAAGCUGCUCUACGCUAAAGACAUCCCCAACUACAAGAGCUGGGUGGAGAGGUACUACAGGGAUAUUGCGAAGAUGCCCAGCAUCAGUGAUCAGGACAUGGACGCCUACCUGGUGGAGCAGUCCCGUCUGCACGGCACCGAGUUCAACACACUGAGCGCGCUCAGUGAGCUCUACUUCUACAUCAACAAGUACAAGGAAGAGAUCCUGACGGCGUUGGACCGGGACGGGUACUGUCGCAAACACAAACUGAGGCACAAACUGGAGCAAGCCAUCAACCUGAUGUCUGGGAGCAGCUGAGAGGAAGGGGGGGGGGAUCGAAUGGACUGAUGGGGUGGGAUGGGGGAGGGUGGGGGAGGGUAAGAAGAAGAAUGGGGAAGUGAAGGCAUUCUGUUUAUCUGAACUGUUUGAACAGUCAGCUGAUCUGCCAAUGGCUGUCAGACCCUUUAGCGAUCAAUCCAACAGCAAUUUACCGAUUGAUUGAUUUGAAGACUGAUUAACUGGACGGCCUGGGACCCCCGACUACCUCCGGUUGGGUUUGGGGCAGAAAAUCAGUUUCCAAACUGGUGACUUCAACGUGGACUGAAGUCAUUUUGUGGGCAAAAAAACGAACAACCAAACCUUCUGUUGGUUUAGAUUUAAAUUCAAUAGCAGGGAUCAAAGCAAAGGGGGGGCCUUGGAAUAGACCUGGAAACUAAAGACUGAGUCAGGUGACCUGAGGACUAAUCGAUCCUGACUUCAGGACUCCCAGCUCGGACGCUGGAUCGAAAAGCAAAAAGGUCAAGUCAAGUCUCCGUUAACAAGCUACGGACUUCAUCCUUUGAAAAGACCUUGAUCGGGUGUAAAGGAUCAGGAACCGAGGGGUCAUAGGAAGAACCCAACAGGUUUCACUUUACCUUGAGAGUCCCAUCGAAGUCCGGAACGAAUCCGGGGCUGAAUACCAAAAAGGUCAAGUGGAGGUUUUGAAUCCUCGAGUUGGAAACGUCCGGAUUCACUGCGAGACGUUCAAUGUCAAGCUUUAAGGAAGGAAGUCAAACGAAGGGUUGGCGAAGGAUUCGGGAAAGGUUGUUUCAAGCUUUAACGAAGAAGGAAGCAAAUAUAAACUGAUGACCUGCCCUCAACCUUGAAAUCCCUGCUUGGUCUUAAAGCGAUGAACAAUAGGAAUUCAUCUUCAGAGGAAGUGAAAUAAAGACUCUCGAUUUGACUUGACCUUUGACCGAUCGGCCGAGCCUCAUCAGGAUUCUAGAGGUUUCUAAGUUGCUAUAUAACCACUCGAUGUUUCUUCUCUGGACAAUCACUCUGUACCACAGCACACUGAGCCCGAUGCCUACCGACCGACCAGUACCUGUGUCCAUGAACCCGUCCUCUUUUCCUAUCCCUUCCAUCCUCAACUCCUCAGAAUUUCACCACCUUCUUUGCUUUACCUCGUUUCCUCUCUAUCUUCCACCUCUCCUUUCCUUCCUUACCAGUUUCCUCUCACCCCCCCCCCCCAAUCGACCCCGCUCAUUGGUCAGUCCUGCUGGCCUCUGGCCAUCCUAUUGGCCAGGAAGACUCUUUAGUAAUUUACUGCCCGACCAAUCAAGACUGUGGAAUUCGCCCAGAAUCAUGAAUAAUUAAAAGGAAAUUAAUCCAGAAAGACGUUUUGAAUACAUUCCAGCACACAGGCACAGGUCUGUAGACGAGCAGGUUGGCUAACGCUAACGUGGACCGACCGCCAGUUUUUUUUCAGGACCAGAACGACCUGGAAAAUCGGGGUUCUGGAUUCGGCACCAAGUCGGUGAACUUUUGUCGCCGUUUUUUUGGUUGCGGAUCGCUUCAUUGUCGAGCCUUGCACACACAUGCACGCGCACACACACACACACACACACACA